AAUUUGAUAGAGUGGAUCACGUGAUCGCGUUUCAAUUGCCCCGAUAUAUGGACAAUCCCCACCGAGUAUAGUGCCCUAAACUAGCAAGAAUUAGUACGUAUUGACUAUUAGCGACAUUUAGUGGAGAAUAACUUGUGACUCUGAUCCAUCUGUAACACCAGUGUCACGACACUAUCAAAGCUCCACUAAUUUAGCAACUUUUAUAUGCCUAUCAGGCACCUUUAAGUAGACAAUCCAGUACACAACAUCAGUAUCCACCAUUAAUUUCACUAGUCUUUUAUAUACAUACAUCACCCCCACGGAACCUGAACUCAACGACCAAUCAACUACCAUCACCAACUCCACAAUCAAUCCCACUAUCACUAACAAUCCCACUACCAUGACAUCUCCAGAACCAUCCCCACCUGAAGUUGCUGCGACAGCCGUAGCACCUCCACUAUCAGAACCAAAACUGGACCCAAAACUGGAUCCAAAACUAGACCCCAAACCAGAAGUACAAGCCCCUAAAUUCAAUAUAAAUGAUAUAAAAGUAACUCAUAUCACUUCCUUAGACUGCCGAAUACUUCAGUAUCAAUAUGCCAUCACCAAAUUAGAAAUAUACAUACGAAGUGUUCGAGAGAUGAGUAUAAAGAUAACGGGGAAAACACCAACAACCAUGACAUCACCAGAAGAUGGGAAAUCUCAGGAUUCGUUACUUUCUCAAGAUAAUGCAUCAAUUGAAUCAACUACAAGUACAAAUACAAGUACAAAUACAAGUACAAGUACAAGUACCAAUAUCAAGCCAGAACUUAAAUUUGAAACUUUACCUCUUGUUCAAUAUCUUGUAUUAUUAGCUGGUAGUAUGUUUUCUAUAAGUGAUACAUCAUUUAAUGCUAAAUUAGAAUUAUUAUCUAAUUUUAAAUUAUUUAAAUCAACUCCAAUUAAUAUUCCUAUAACUACUACACAUAUUCCUUAUGAUCACCCUGAUACUCAAGUAACAGCAUUAAAUGAAUUACCUACUAUAUCUCUUGCAUUAAAGUGUUUAAAAUCUUUAGAAAUACUAUGUGGUCAUUGUUUACAAGGUUAUAGAAAAAGACUUGCCCAAGCAAAGAUUGAACAACAAAAGAUAUAUAAUACUGAUCGAACUAAUUAUUAUUGGGCACUUGAACAAAUUAUUAAAAAGGAUAUCUUUAAUGAAAAUUUAGAUAUAGAUCUUUCAUUAAAUGAUAUUAGUUUUGAUUUACCUAAGGAUUCUAAUUUAUUAGAUAAUGGAGAUUUUGUUGAAGGUAGUCUUGUGGAUAUGGAUAUUAAGAUGCUUUUCUUAAUAAAUCUUAAAUUAAGAGCCACAUUAAAUGAUAAAUUAAAACCUUUAAUAAUGAAAUAUAAGACAAUUAAACAUACUCCUAAUAAGACAGUGGAUAAAUUUGCCUUACAUAAAGUAUUUUUAUUAACAAUUCGAUUAAAUGAAUUAUAUACAAUAUUCAGAAAAGUUGGUAGAAAAAUUUAUUUAUCAAAUAUAGAUCAUCUUAGUGAUUCUAAAUUUUUAUUACAAUUAAAAAAUUCAAAUUAUUUCCGAACUAAUUAUUUAACCAAUCUUAAUGAUAUGUUAAAUUCUAUGAAAAAGAAUGGAACUUUAAUUGCUAAUCUUACUAGAUUAGUUCGACAAGAUUCACAAUUUGAAGUUAAUAUAAAGAAUGUUAAUGAUUUAAUAAAUUUUGUUAAUCAAGGAUACUUUAUGUUAGAAGGUUCAAUAGAUAAAGCUAUAUUAUUUGGUAGAGAAUGGAUAACAGCUGAAUUACGAUUUAGAAAAGCAUAUCAAUUACCUAAAAAGAAUCUUUUUGAUAUCUAUCAAACCUUUAAAGAAGAAGUAACACCACAAAUCAAUAUAAUACCAUCUACUUCAAUCAUGCUGAAAACUACAUCAAAUUCAAGUUCUCAAAAAAUGAAUGGAAGUUCUUCUGAUUUAGAAGCAUUCCCUACUGUAAAAUCUAUAGAUAAGAAUCUCAAGAAAUUGGAAAUUAAUGAAAAACCAACAACUAGAACUUCUCGUUCUUCAUCUAUUUCAAGUAUAGGUAGUAAUAAUAGUAUUAAUUCCAAACCUUUAUUAAGAAAGAAUUCACUUACUUCACCUAAUAGAAAUUCUUUACUUAUAUCUCCUGUCAAUGCCAAUACUUCAUCUCCCACCAAUUCAUCUAAAAUAUCUCCCUUAAGACCAAGAUCAAAUUCCCAAUUAUUUUUAAAUCAUAAUUCUUCAUUAACCAAUAUUGAAACUAGUGCUGAUACUAAUAGUAAUAAUACUUUAAGUCCAGUAAUAGGUCGAAGAAGAUCUAAUUCUCAACCUAUAAGAAGUGCUUCUCUGCUUAUGGAUGAAAAGAUUGCUACUUCAGGAGCAGCUGUAGCAUUGACUGCUAAUAAUUCUUUACGAUCACCCAGUGGAAGUAUUAAUAGAAAACAAGCUCCAUCACCCAUUGGAGCUUCAAAGAGUAUGGCAUCACCAACGCCUACUAAUAAAAAUAAAAAAUUGGUAGUAGUAGAAGAAGAAGAAGAUUCUUCACCUUCUAAAGUAAUACCCAAAUUAACAGCCACUCAAAGAUAUCAACAACAUCUUCGUCAAGCUGCUAAAUCAGGUUCAUUAAUGACUCAACAACGAGAAGUCUUAACUUCCGUAACCUUUGAUCCUAAUACACCAUCAGCAACACCUUUAAGGAAAUACAUUGAAGUCCCCACAAGAGAUUCAGUAUCAAUAUCUCCUGAACCUUUACCUAUGGUAACCAGUCCAGUGCCUACUACUACUUCCAUAUCCUCCGAUAUAGCUGCACCCAAACCUCGUAGAACUCGAGAUCAAGUGACUAAAAUUAAUACUCAAAGGAAUAGUAUGACACCACAAUUGGAUGAAUCUGAAACUCCCUCAUUAACUAAGUCUCCUUCAUCAUCUGAAUUAUCUUCCAGUAAUAAUAGUAGUAGUAACUCCACUAUUAAAAAGGUUAGAUUUACAGGAGUUCCAGAAUAUUCAGCAGAAGAAGAUGCACCUACAAGUUAUUCACAUACAAUUCUCAAGAACUUUGCUAUGUUCCGGAAUCCCAUAAGAGUUACAGCCAAGCCAUCAACAUUUAAGAAGAAGGAUCAACUUCUUAAAAAGGAAGAGAGUAUUUCAUUUAAAAAACAAGUACAUCAACCUCUUGAUGAUGAAGUACCCACUGAACAUCCAGCCCAAAUUGCUGCAGCUCGAAGUAAUGGCUUAUCCAAGAUUAGAAAUGGGAUUUAAUAUAAAUUUAAAUAAUAUUUAAGUAGUUUUUAAUUAGUUUUAAGUAAAGUAUCGUUAGGGGUAUAUAGUUGGGGGGUGUCUUGUCUGCAGUGCCUGUCCUGCACAUUUAUUUCCCCAUUAGGCAAUAAUUUUUUUCAAAGCUCA